ACGUGGAAAUGUAUUGCAGCCAAAUACUCUAAACGCACGUUGAUGAUAAAUGUGGAGGGAAAACCGGAGGACCCGGUGAAAAAUCGACGCGACCAUGGGGAGAAUAUGCAAAUUCCAUUUUUUGCGCAAGUGUGCUGAACAUAAGCGACGGGAAAAACAAACACUUUUUUCAAAGUAGGUAAUAUCGUGCAUGUGACGUUCAUGUGGCUGUGUUGCAUGUGUGUUUGCACCUCCAAUUAGCACGGUUGACUACAUAUAGUGUGAAAGAAGUUCUACAUACAAACAUACAUGUGAAUGUGUUGUUCAUCCUUGUGCCUCCCCGUGUGUGUUGUAGGCAGGGAAACGCUGGCAAAGUGUGCGUCACUGACAACUGCUUUGCCACUGAGAUGCUGGCCACUCUUAACCAACAGCGGCUGCAAGGCGAGCACUGUGACGUGACGGUGCUGGUUGGCGGACGCCUCUUCUCGGCUCACAAGUGCGUGCUGUCCGCCACCUCGGGCUACUUUGCCUCGCUGUUUGGCUCACGCGAGGUGGCGGUGAUGGACCCAUGGCAGGGUGGAUUGAGGGGGAGGAGCGCACCACUUGGCCGGGACACCGUGGAGGCUUUGGAGGCCUGGGCCUUUGAGCUCAUCCUGACGUUUUUCUACACGGCGCAGCUGCUCGUGACCGACAAGGAUGAGAUGGAGGGCCUGGAGCACGCAGCCCAGGUCCUGCAGGUGCCGGCCCUGCUGCGGCACAUCGAGGCCAUCCGUCAGGCUCUCGUGGAGAUGGAGCAGAAUAUGGCUGCCGCGCAGAGCGAGCAUCUCGACGAAUCCAAGUUUGCCAGCUGCCACGAUACGAACGCAGACCCCGAAGCAUCAACCUCGGCCACGAACACGGAGCGGCACUUGGAUGACCAUGACGCUGACGUAGAAAAUAGUCAUGGUGCAAAUGACGGUGAUGAUGUCCCAGCAGUGGUGGAUUCUGGCCAACCGGAGAAAAGCAAAGUCCAGGAUGAGCCAACCACUACUGACUUACAUCCCAGUGGGAAACACGAUGUUGAUGGUGGUGAAGGUAGCCACAGUGUCGGUGAGAGCGGUGCCGGUGCAGCGCAAGUCCAGUGCUCCGAUGAGGACAAGUGGACACAAAAACAGUCGUCCAGUCGUCUCAACGAAAUCAUCCAGAAGCUGGCAGGGCAAACGACGGCCACAGUUGUGGUUAAGGCUGCCAAGCGAUCCAAGGCCAAACCUGUCCGGAAAGCCAAGGAGAAGGUGGCUAAUGCCGCCACCAGCACCACCACCACCAAAACUGAGGAGGCUGGCGACGGCGUUGACUCUGAGAAAGCAGAGGGCACGGUAACCAGGAAGAGAUGGCAGAAAAGCGAUGGGCUACACUGCGCCGAGUGUUUGCUGACGUUCGAGACCCCAGCCGACCACCGCGCUCACCGCAAGACUCACUACAAGAGAGCAAAGAAGGAGAUGAAAUUCGAAUGCACCACAUGUGGAAAGACGAUGACCACCAGGCACAGCUUCAAGGAGCAUCAGCGACUGCACACCGGAGAAAAGCCGUACAAGUGCAGCCAGUGCGACGCCAGUUUCACGAUCCAGACGAACCUGCGGACGCACAUGCGCAAGCACAGCGGCGAGAAGCCGUUUGUCUGCGAGUCGUGCGGCCAGUGCUUCCGCAACCGCUCCACGCUCACCGUGCACCGGCGGCGGCACACGCAGGAGCGCCCCUACGCCUGCACGGUGUGCGGCGCGCGCUUCCGGCAGAGCGACUCCUGCAAGACGCACAUGCGUAUCCACACUGGAGAGAAGCCGUUUGAGUGCAACGUCUGCGGGAAGACAUUCGCGAACCGCGGAAAUCUACCGAGCCACAUGCGCCUGCACACGGGGGAGCGCUUGUUCCAGUGCGAAUACUGCGGGAAGAAGUUCACCCUCAAGGGCACCAUGCAGAAGCACGUCAACUCCAUUCACAAUCCACAAAACGUCGUCAAGCCAAGCAGCAGCUCCUUGGGGCGCCGCCUGGUCAAGGUGGAGACCGUGCAGGAGGAGUACUGCGGCGUCACCACCAGCACGCUGGCGGGCGGCUGCUUCGAAUGCAGCGCUUGCGCGCUGCAGUUUUCGCGCCAGACGGAGUUCGUGGUGCACAUGGCCGGUCACAACGGCCUCGAGGUGCUGCCCUGCACCGUGUGCAAGAAACUGUGCGUGGGACAGGAGGCACUGGAGCGCCACACGAAGGCGCACAAGCACGUGUGCGAGAUCUGUGGAAAGAACUUCACGUCAUCAAACAACUUGACCCAGCACAUGAACCUGCACCUGGACGUGCGGCCCUACAAGUGCCAGUACUGCGAUGUGGCUUUCCACCGCAACAACUCGCUGUGGUCGCACAUCAAGGCGCGUCACAAUUACGGCUUGCCGGCCUACCAGUGCACGCAUUGCAACAAGCGCUUCGCCACUCCAUCGCAGCUCACCCACCACCUGCGCUACCACACGGGGGAGCGCUUCCACGCGUGCGAGCUUUGCGGCCGCAUGUUCGUCAACCGCAGCGGCCUGCAGCGGCACACGUGCGGCAAGCCGGUGGCCGCGCGCCGGAAGAGGGGGCCGCUCGAGGAGGGGGAGGAGGACCAGCUCCUGGCGGAGAACGGAGAGGGAGCCCCGGUGCCGAACCCACGGCCGAAACGGCAACAGAGAAGGCGUUCGAAAGCUUUGCUGGUCCAGGAGAUUGCCCACCUGGAAGAGGAGCAGCAGCAGCAGCGGAUUGUCCAGGAGCUUGUAGCUCAUCAGGUUGACCAUCCGCACAUAGUUCAGUUGCAGCACAUAGACCACCGGCAGCAGGUUGCGGAGCAUCAUGUAGUUCAGGGACAGCAAAUAGUCAAUACCGAGAUUUACCAACAGCACGUAGCUCAGCAGCAGCAGCUUGUUGAGCAGCAGGUUGCCGAGCAGCUACUCAGCGAACAGGAGCAGCAAAUCCACCAACAGCAGCAGAUGGCACAGCAGGAAUACGGCGAUCAGGAGCAUCACAUUUACGAGGAGCACAUUGAUCAGGAGCAUCAGUUUGAAGGACAGGAGAUGGCCGAGCGGCAGCAGCAGCAUAUUACGCAGCACUAUAUCGUGCAGGAGCAGGUCGCCCACGUGCAGGUGCAGCAGGAGCAGCUGAGCGAGCAGCAGGAGCAGCUGAGCGAGCAGCACGUGCUGCUGCAGCCGGGGCUGGACGUGCGGCCGCUGCGUCAGCAGACUGUGCUCAUCCUGCGCACGUCGCGAUUCCCCAUGGAUGACGCGGCGCAGCGCGUGCAGGCCGCCGCCAUGGCUAUGGCAGCUGGGAACAUGGUGGCCAUCGAGGCGAUGGGGGAGGAGGGGGAAGCGGCACAGGAGGCCGUGGAGAUCGAGGCUGCCAUGCAGCAGGUGGUCGCCGUGGAGACGGAGGGGACCUUGCAGCAGGUGGUCGCCGUGGAGACGGAGACCACCAUGCAGCAGGUGGUCGCCGUGGAGGUGGAGAUCGAUGGUUCGGAGGGGGCGACUCGCGGCGACUGCUGAUGAGAGUCGAGCACAGGAGAGGCGGGAGAAUCGCCGGGUGCUCGCACAAAGCUUGGCACGUUUCACCCGUGGGUUUUCACGUUUCGGGGAUGGGUGGCCUUUUUAUAUUGAAUAUGGUGGGUAACUUAAAAAUGUUUCUGCUUUGUGCUCGACUUGGCGGAUGUAACAUUUCAUAAGACACGCUGAUAUUUGAGACUGUUGACAAACCAGAAGGUUGAUCAAACAUGCUAAAGUGAAUGUAACAUUAACUGUCGGAUAGGAGGAGGGUACGCAUGGGGUUGAGAGAGUUAAGGGCGUGAGGAUGAGUGGACGAAGAGAGGGUGUCGGGCCAGACCACGGUACCGUAGACUCCCAUCUAAUAAAGUGUGCAGGUAAUUUAUCCACCACGCGCGUUCACUGCCCGUGCGAUUGAAUCACGGAUGCUGCCCCAACCACACCGAAGUCUUUUGUAACAGGAUGCGUAUCGGAAAUAACACUCAUUUGUGGAAUUUGAUAUUAACUUACUUGUGAGCAUGGCAAGCAGUUGGGUUUCCGCACGCUUUUCCUUCACUGCUCGUCAAGAGAGGCUACUUUUGAGGUCGCUUGGCUUUUGCACGAUUGGGAUCACCAGAUUUGUGCAAAGAGCGGAGAUCUCAUCACUGCGAGCGAGCACGAGACACCAACAGCGGCCCCCACUGCCGUCUCUCCAGGCGCCUUCAAAUGAACGCUGCCUGGCUCUCACCACGUGGUGGAACUGAAGCUGGGGGAUGUUCCUCGCCAUAGCAAUGUGGAAUUUCCACCACCCUCUGGGGACUGCCAACAGAAUGGUUAAUAAGGAAGGUGGCACAUUUGUUCUGGUUUUUUUGUCAGAGGCGUUGUCAACGGUGGUGGCUGUGGUUGAAUGCGGAAUUCGAUGAGCUGUCGCACGGGGAAUGGGAGCACUGGCCAUGCUGCCAGUACUUUGAGCAAGGUUGCUGGAUGAUACAACUCGCGCCACAAAGUUGAUGUUCCUUUCUAACUUAAAGCGUGUAUAUAGCCAGAUUGAAGAGUCCCGAGACUUGACUUUUUCAACUGCGAAAAGUUUCCCACGUAGGGGGCGAUGAUUGUGCUGUGUAAUAUUCCAAUUGAGUCAUUUGCGGGUAAUUUUUUUCCUCAUUUGGCAAAUUUGGACCAUGACGCGCCGGCACGCAAUGCGUAUUUUUUUUAUUACACCCACAGUAUUAACCAGGGUGGUCACUGCAAUCGAACCGUAGAGUCUCUGCAACAAGUGGACGACACGUUACUGCUGGGGCCACAAACGCCCCAAAUCACUGCAGUGAUUCGAUGGGGCUUGCUGCUGGAGUUAGAGCCACCAAACAUCAAAACUAUUUAAAAUAUAAAUAUUUAAAACAAGUGCUAUGGGGGUAUUUUUUUAACGAAAAAAUGUGGUUAUUUUAAAAUAACUAGAUAGCCGAAUGUAGAAUAACGCUGUAACAAAAACAUUUUUUUUUGUUCCUGAGUAUGAAGUGUUAUUUUCCAAUUUCUUAUGCCGCAAAGGUACAUGGCUAUUAUUCCCCACAAACUUUGCUUUUGUGACCAGGACAGUGAUAUUUAGAAAUUUACCUAAUUUCAAUGAGAAAACGUGGUGUGCUUUUUUGUCAUUCCUUCACAUAACGCCCUGGUCACAAAAGCAAAGUUUGUGGGGAAUAAUAGCCAUGUACCUUAGAGGCAUAAGAAAUUAGAAAAUAACACUACCCAGGAACAAAAAUCGUGUUUACAAUGUAUAAUUAAACAAGGCCCCUUCGCGCUGUGGGUCGUGGGGGGUUUCCUGGUCAUACUUCACCACACUGGGCAGUACGGGUCAAUGUGGGGGGGGGGGGACUCAGGACUGGUGCAGAUAUUAACUGUCGCCAGUAUCCAUCUCGGGUCGCUGUGUUCACAGCGUGGUGCAUGCACGAUCGCAGCACUACCACUCCCCCAAGAAUAUAUGGGUGCAAUUUAUGGGCGCAUUUUUUCUUUUAAACGUUGCAUGUAUGUGGUGGUUAAAUUUUCGUUUCAUUUUCUGCUUUGGCAAAUAUCGCCGUGCUAAGAGUGAGUAUGCGAGGGGGUCUAAAGCAAGGUGCAGAUUAGAACGGUCUACCAACUGAAGUCCAGUCAGUUGUGAAAAUCUGUGCUUUUAAGACUGGAUUGAAAGCAUUUAUUUUCUCUUCUGUUCAGUUUAAGUUUAAUUUUUCUCCAUUAUCUGCGCUUCCGUAUCGGAUUCUUGCGGAAUGAUGCAUUAUAUAUUUUGGUUAGAUUUUUGAUUGAGCGAAAAAGAUUGCUUUUAUCAGUGGCCACGUAACAGUGUGUUCGGAAGUCAAGUGACCGUUAAAUAAAGUUUCCCCCAAAAUAAUGAAACCGUAAAUCUUGUAUAGGACAACCUGGGACACAGACGAGA